AUGGGUUGUUUAAGAAAGUGGAUCUUAAAUAAGACACUAUACUUACUAGACUUUAGACACGUUAUCUCUAAAGAUUAUGUUGGCCAGUGUGAUGACAAUAUUUGUUUGCAGGAAACGUAUUACAUACCUGGGAAGGGGCGAGCCAACCCUGGUGGAAAGCUUUUCAGCAGGGUAAACUAUUUGAAGCAGUCGGAAAGAAAACGCGAUCGCCUGGAGGAGCUCCACAUACAACCAGAGGCCAUCAAGCUGGAAGAAGUAGUGUCGCCAGAGGUCCAAGCUGCGUUAUCAUGGCUGGAGGUGAACUCUUUUCCCUGGGCGACUGUCCUGGCGCAAUGGGAAGUGAGUUUCCCGGAGCGCAAAAAGAGUCUACGAGAACUAUCAAAAGCAGACGAUUUCAUCAGCAAGUAUUCACAUCUGAAGGAGAACUGCGGAUUCCAACUGCUUGAUAUCGACUACCGUUUGUUGGGAUUUGGUGACCCAAAUAUCCCCGUCAGGAAGUGGGACCUUUGCUUCGAACCUAUCGUCAAAUUUGCAGAGUUGCAAGCAAGAGAUCCGUCGGCAAAAGACUUGAUUCAAUUGAUUACAGAUUGUAGCUCAACGUCAGAUUUCAGAUUGUUGAAUGUGCUGCUGCUAUUAAAUACAGUAUUGAUUCCGGUGAAGGCCUCAAAAGGUUUCAAACCUACAGUAGCUACAGCCCAAGCAGAUACGUUUCUUCUAGCUGGUAGUCGAGAACAAGCACAGCUUGAAAUUCGAAAAGUCUACGAGGUUUACGAGAGACAGAAGUCUCCUAUGUGUCCGAAACUCAUAGUCAUUGGCGAGGAUUUGAGCAAUACGACUGGAUUUCAAUUUGAUUUACCGCUUUCAAAUAUUUUAGUUAACGAAUAA